AUGUUAGAUGAAAAGGAUAUACCGAUUGACAUACACAGCAGCAAGCUUCUAGACUGGUUGCUAAGUCGACGACACUGUAAUAAGGACUGGCAAAAAAAUGUAAUGAUCAUUCGCGAAAAAAUCAGCGUAGCAAUCCGGGAUAUGCCAGAAGAUGAGAGGAUCGUCAAAUUACUACAGGGAUCCUACAUUAAUUAUUUUCACUGUGCUCGAAUUGUCAAUAUUCUAAAAGAUACGGAGAAGGGUACGAAGAAUUUCCUAGGAUAUUAUUCAUCACAGAGAAUGAAUGAUUGGAUGCAAAUUCAACAAAUGUAUGAGAAAGGAAAUAUCCAUUUGGCAGAAGCAGCUCAAAUUCUUCAAAGGAUGAUUCAGUAUGAGAUCCCAGUUCUAAAAAAGCAGAUUUCGAAAUGUGACCAAACAAUUACCGACUGUGUCAAAAAGGAAAAAGAUUACGCAAGGCAAAUGGUUGACAGUAAGAAACAAUAUGAGAAGGAACUGUGGAAGUUGGGUAUUGAAGGUGUUCACUUAAAACGAGAAAUAAUAUCGUUGCUGACUGAUUUACCAUCUUUUUUGGAUGAAAUGACAAAGUCUAUAUCGUCUUUGAAUGAACCGCUUCAGUAUUAUGAACAGUUUCAGGCAUACCUACAUCAGAACAAGACACAAAAUGUUUUAUUACCACUAUGCCGUUUAUUGAUGGAAAAAGGUGCACAAGUUACAGUUUAUGAGUGGAAAAAUGGUAUAAAACCAGUAAGCAUUGAAUCACCUUCUUUGGAUGCUUGGUUAAAUGAAGAGAUAAAUAAUGCUGAAGAAAUAGAUUUUGGCGACGACUUUAUUGUUCCUGAUGAUGAAAUUAAUUUUUGUGAUAGUAAAUUUCAAAUUGAAGUCGUUGAAAACGAGAAAGUUGAUGCUAACGAUGGAAUAGCUCGAGGCUUAGAUGCACUGACAGUACUGGAAAAUUCGCAAACUCGAAGUCUUAUUUAUUUUGAAUUGAGAGAGUUGGAAAAAUUUUUGGUAAUACGAAGAGAGGACGAAACUAUAGAAAAUGUGUCCGAUAUUUACAUAUUAGGAAUUGAAGAAAGGCCUGCAGCAUUGAAAAAGGUCACUGUGGAAAAAAUUGAUAAAUGGUCGAUGCAUGUGAGCGAGAUUAUCAAUAAAUUAAUUGAUACUCAAAAGGCUAUUUUGUUUCGAAUACGUUCCUCACCUCAAUAUGUUGAAAAGCUGGUGGAAACAUUGGAGCAGAAGCGCUCUUUAGAAGGACGUUACGAGAAAAUGAGAGAUCUGAUGAUAGAAAAACAGAGUGAGAUGCGAAUUAGUAUGCAGAAGGCGCAUGAAACAUUGAAUGGAAUUUGUGAAGCUAGCAAACUGUUGCAAAAAGGAAUUGAAGAAGAAAUCUCAAAAAUGUAUAAGGGAAGGAAGGUAAAUAUUAUGGGUGGUAUAAAUGUUGCACUGAUGGCUUCUUGA